CGAAGAAGGGAAUAGUCAACCAUUCAAUCUUGGCCAAUUAUCGAGAAAACACGCUAUUAUAGUCUAAGCUUCUCCAUAUAAAUUUUCACUUCAAUUUUUUUCUUCUUUCAAAAAACCAAAAAAACCAAAACCCCAAAUUUCAACAUGAAAAACUAUUAUGCUUUGGUAAUUAUUCAAUUUAUUGUCACUUUCUCCGCCUUUGAACAUUUCGCUCGUGCCCAUUUCUUUCCCAAUAUUACUUCCAUCCCACUACCACGCGCCUUGCCCGGGAACAGCAGCGCGUGGGACGUCUUCAACAAGUACCUCGGCUGCCGCGCCGGCGAGAAGGUCGACGGGUUAGCCGAGCUCAAGAAGUACCUCCAUUGCUUCGGCUACAUUUCCAACUCCACCGGCUUCACGGAUGACUUCGACGGCUUGCUCGAGUCGGCGGUCAAGAUUUACCAGCGGAAUUUCAAUCUCAACGCGAGCGGUGAGCUCGACGCGCCGACUAUCCAGCACAUGAUGCGGCCGCGGUGCGGGAACGCGGAUAUCGUCAACGGCACGUCCACGAUGGCCGCCGGCAGGCCGCGGAAUUCGUCGGCGACGAUUCACGCGGUGGGUCAUUACUCGUUUUUCCAGGGACGGCCGCGGUGGCCGGAGGGGAAGACCGAGUUGACCUACGCGUUCUUGCCGGAGAACCGGCUGACCGACGCGGUGAGGAGCGUGUUUGCUCGGGCGUUCGAGCGGUGGUCGGAGGUGAUCCCGAUGAAUUUCACGCCGACGGAAGCGUACCGGGCGGCGGACAUCCGGAUCGGGUUCUACGCCGGGGACCACGGCGACGGCGAGCCGUUCGACGGGUCAAUGGGGACGUUGGCGCACGCGUUCUCCCCGCCUUCCGGGCGGCUUCACAUGGACGGCGAUGAGAACUGGGUGCUCGACGGCGACUUCCUCAACGCGCCGGCGUCGAUCUCCACGGCGGUGGAUCUGGAAUCCGUCGCGGUUCACGAAAUCGGGCAUAUGUUGGGUUUGGGCCAUUCUUCGGUUGAAGAAGCGAUCAUGUAUCCGUCAAUCGGGUCGGGUACCCGGAGAGUGGAGCUCGCCCGAGAUGAUAUCCAGGGGAUCCAGGAGCUUUACGGGUCAAACCCGAGUUUUACCGGUCCGGCCGCCGCGUUGAAUCCUGCCCAGGGAAACGACGACUCUAGUGGGGCCCAGUUUUUGUGUUUAUUUUCAAACUUUAGGCUCCUUUUUGUUUCGAUUGUGUUUUUAUUUUUUUAUCAUUAAUGUUUUCAUUUUAGUUUUGUUGGGCUUGAGGACUCAUGGACAUUUGUACUGUUGAAUAUAGAAUUACCACAUUG